AAAUUAAGAAACAAAAUGGCGGGCCACACUGCAGGGGAACCCUUAGAAUGCUAUAGUGUAAGUUACGAUAGUUCAUUUUCACGUGAUUGUUGCACAAUGCCUUUCAUUUUAAAUAUGUUGAGCUAAUUAUUUUAUUUUUUAAUUCUUUUCAAAAAUGAUAAGUACUUGAGUUCAAUAAAAAAUAUGCUUUAUGACUGCUUUAUUAUUCUUUAUUAGGUCUUCUACACUACACUACUCCACUUACUUCUACUUGGGACUUUGACUUAGUCUAUUUAUUCUAUCUAAAUUAAAUUUAAUUAUUAUAAAAUAUAGUCUAAAAGUCUAAUAAAAUAACUUACAGGAGUAAGAGUGACUAAGACUGAACUUGCUCUAAAGAACUUUUUUCCAACUUUAACUUAAUGAGAUAAUAAUCUAAUUUUUCUACAAAUAUACAAUGUCAAUGGGGGUCGCUUAGUCGAUUGAUUUGUCACGUGAUGAGAGUAAAAAUGAGUAAGACUUCCGGUAGGCUGUAUACAACACACUAGUGCUUGACAACAGCAGCUCGUUACACACUGCAACUAGUAAUUCAAGAUGCCUAGGCAAUCUUCAGCUAUUGGCUGUUCAAACAGUCAAGUUAAGGACAGCGGUAAAAGUCUGCAUAAGUUUCCGGUUAAGGAUAAAGAAAAUUUAAAACAAUGGCUUGACAAAGUGGACAUUCGUUAAUUAUUCACAUGAAAUCUUGUUCCAACCGGUUAUUAAAAUAUUCCUUCGUCGCACCAAUAUUGAAUAAACACGCAAAUGACGUCAUGGGUAUGCCCACAUUUCGUCCAAUGAAAAUUAACAAUAAAAUAAACAAAUGGGAAAGACUCCUGCAUAAAUAUUGAAUAAACACACAAAUGACGUCAUGGGCACGCACGGAGCUCAACAACAGCCUGCCGAUGAUAGUAUUGGUAGUUCCCAUCGAAUAUCGCUCACAAAUUUUUCUUGAAAUAACUUUCUUCCUUUAAUCAUAACUCACGUAUAUUUAUUGUCACAUUUAUAUAUUUCAUUUAAAAACGUGUGUAUUCCAGAAUAUUUUGAAAGGUAAAAUUUUUAAGUAACAUGACAUUGGGGAAGCACUGAUGAAGUAUCUUUUGUUGUGUGUAGCAGCCUAGUGAUGGCUUUUUCUCAUCACGUGACCAAACAAGGAAGUGACUAAGGGACUCCCAUUAUACAAUUCUGAGAAAUAGUAUAAUAAAUAUUUAUUGCUGGCAUAUGCAUUAUGACUAGCGCAAAGGAUUUUCUCAAUCAAAAUACACAAAUUAAUUAUAAUGAAAUAAUACAGAUAUGUAUUGAUAUAGUCUAAAAUCCUGCCAAAUUGACAAGCAGCGUGGGAUAUCAAAUAUCUAAAAGCUACUAAGACUUAACAAUCUAAAUCGAUCAAAAUAGGUACUCCGCCGAAGCAAAGCACACUCCUGGUAAAUUUGUAUCAGAAAUGGGCGUCUGCGCAUUAGAAUCCAAGUUUUUAAUUUUUCAUGUGCAUGUAAUUUGAAUAAAUUUGGAGUCCUUUUGGCCUAUAAUUAAUGUCUGACUCCGCCCAUUAACGUUAGGAGAAAUGUUGAACUACAUUCCCAUUGAGUUAAUUUUUUCUUUAUAUCAACGUUAUGUAAGGGAAAUCGUAUGUCAAUAUAAGGCAUCUUCGCAUUAAAAAUAAAUAAUAUUAUAAAUAUUCAAAGUAGGUCUUUCAUAUUAAAAGUAGGCCUGCAUAAUUUGUUGAAGUACAUGUGUGCAAAAUUUCAUUGAGAUAGCUCAUGAAACAUUUUCACAAUUCUCCUCAACGUUGACCUCAUUAUGCAAAGGUCGCACAGGCCAUUUUGGAUUAGUGAUCCCGACUCCUUUUCAAUGGCGGAAAACGCUGAUACUUAGCUUAGGAAAUAUUCAUUAUUACCUCUAUAUACAUCAAAAUAUUUGAUAACUUGUGUUUCAGAAUGCAUUUUGAAGACAUUUAAACUAGAAUUUUUAAAUUUGAGCUUUAAAAACCUGGUAGAGUCCAUAUUAUUAACAAUCAGAAUUGAUCGUGUGCAAAAAGUCAUGGGAAACCAUUCACAGUCAUUUGCAUAAUGCUAUGUUGUAGUACUACCUCAAGUUUCAUUCAAGUUUGCCGUGUGCAAAAACUAUUAACACCAUUGGUCAGGGAAAGCUUUAGUUAAUUAGUCAUUUGAAAGUUCAAAAUAAGUAGAUCCCAAACAACAUUUUAGGGGGUGUGUUGCCUUAUAUAGACAAAUAGCAUAUACCUGUAAAAGGGACGCUGAAGAUUUGGUAAACAGAAAAGCCAUAUAUAAAUACAUUAUUUUAAAUUCAUUGUUAUGCAAAGUGCAUAGUUAGAUAAACUAUAAUUUAUAUAUAAUUGUAUAACAUUAUUAAAACUAUUUGUUAAUACAGCAUUAGUAUUAUCAUUAAAACGAUAGUUAUAGAGCUCGUGAUGCAAACAGCCGAAUUGGGUCACAGAAUCUGAAGAUGCAGUCCAUGUUAAAAAAUGACAAACGAGGUCGUACUUUAAAAAUUCAUAACUUUAAAACUACAACAGCUAAAAAUAUGAUUUUGGUGUUAUAAUUCUUUAAAAAAUUAGCUCUAUUCAACUAUGCUAUUGGUUUAUUUUUACAAAAAGUUUUAAUUUUCUAAUCAAAGUACCUAAUCAAAAUCUGUGGCUAAGACUCACUAGGUAUAUUUCUGCCGGCUUUUCAUUGCAAACAAGUGGUUCAUAAGUGUGAGAUUAGGAAGGGCGUAAUUUCAUUGUUAUACAGCAUAUAUCUAGGUGGGGAGCAAUUUAUCAUUGACUGACUUCAAUCAUGAGGUUUGAUCAAUGCCAAUGAAAUAGCUUGUGCAUCCUUAUUCAAAAUCUUGUGAAAUUAACUUACCCUAGACAGGUGGGGGCAGACCUGCUUAUCCCUAAACUCUUAAAAUCGUACAAUAUUAUCACAAAAUCCUUCAAUACAUUAAUCCUAAUAGUAAAAAAUAAACAUUACAGUAUUUAUAAUGUAUACACAUCAAAAUCGUACAUUGUGCGCCAAAAUCGUAAGUGUAAACAGGUCUGUGGGGGUUACUGCGACACAAUUUGUAAUAUGGCUCUAUGGGCUUGGUGAGUUUGGCCAAGGACAACAAUAGAUUGGGAAUAACUCAUAUUAACUCCAAAAAAAGUGGAGAUUGCGUGUUCUAUCAAGGAGUUUUUAAUAUAUCACAGUAUUAGAUUAAGGUCUAGUCUGAUUCCAUCUCAGCCUGGUAAAUUUAAAGAGUAUCUUGUAUGCUUAAAAUGCCAUAAUCCCUUACUAUGAGCUUUUCUGUCACUGUCACAGUGAAUCCUUCACCCAUGAGUCACUGACUUUUAAGUUUAAUUGGUUAUCCAGGAAGAAUCAUUGGUUUGAAUGUUAGUCUUGGCCAGUUUCCUUGAAAAGAACUAAAAAUUUUCUAUUGAUGUUUUUCUUUUUUAAUCAGUUUAUUUAAAGCAAACUUCAUUAUACUUUUUUUUCACACCCUUAUGAACUAACAGUUACAACAGCUUUUAAACUUGUUAUGUCAUUUUCAUCUUUGAUUAAAAACUGAGUAAAAGCUGCAUUUCUAGCCUUCUGUGAAAUACUGUAUUCAUAUCAGGACAAAAAGAGUGAAAUUGUUUUUAUUACCAUUCUUUUAGAUUCCAAUAGUGUUAGAAAAAGAGCAUGACAUAGAUCAGCAUGGCAAUCCCAUGAGGGAACCUGAUGGAAAGCCAAGAUAUCGUUGUGGAUUUAGAAUAGGUGGUGGUAUUGAUCAAGAUCCAUCUCAAAGUCCCCAAGGCUAUCCAGAUAAAGUAGGCAAUUUACCUUUUUGCAGUCUGUACUUUCCACAACUUCUAUUACAAUUUGCACAUAUAACAAAAUAUUUUAAGUUUAAGAUUUCGGAAGAUGAACUUUAGGAAUGUAUAAUAAUAAAAUUUAAAACUGCAAUUAGUUUAAAACAGGUAUUAUAAAGCUGACUGUAUAAGUGUGCAACACACACACAAGAUUUAUUAACAUUCUUAUUAAGUGCGACAUUUUGCUUUAUAUUGUUUAAAAAAGUUUAUGUAAUUUGUUCAAGUGUCCAUAUUUUUUAAUUAGUGUUAAAAAUUGAUGUUUCUUUUGGUGUUUCUUACUAUAAUUGUUUAUCUCAAGGGUGUAUAUGUUACUUACAUACAUGAUAACAGUCCGGCAGCCAGAUGUGGGUUACAGCUUCAUGAUAAAAUACUCCAGGUAAUUAAAUCUACUGAUUUAUCGAUGCGGAAAAAAAAUCUUCAUUUUUGUUUCGGUUAUCAAGGUUGCACUAUGAUCCCAACAACUUUUAAAAUAAUGAGUUGCAAAUUUAUGCAAACGAUUAUUAAUGUAAUGUCAUUUUAUUUGCCUUAAUAAGUCAAAAUGAAUAUAGUUAAUUUGUUAUAAUGCCAUUUACCUUAUAUAAAUAUAGGCCUACUUAUUUUAGGACAGGGUGUUUGAUAUAAUCUGUCACAAGGUAGUGGUAUAAUCUUUGACAACUGAGAAUGCGUUGAUCUUUUACCAGGUUAACGGUAAAGAUUUCACUUUAGUCACACACAAGCAAGCCGUGGAGAGCAUACGAAAGAAACCAGUACUUAAAAUGCUAGUGUACAGGAAAGGAGUUCCUCCACUGCAGAAGCCUGGCAACCCAAUGGCAGGACACACCCAGUUCCAGGCAUAUCCCCAUCAUGCACCACAGCAAUAUGCCACACAACAGCCACAGUUCCAGCCUCAAUAUUAAAUAAUCAAGCUUUUCCAUGUGUAGUUGCAGGCAUCUUUAUUUUUAAAAAAUCAUAAAGUAAACUCUAUUCCACUUGCCAAUUUUACAAACUUAGCCCUAAAAGCAUUAAUUACAUUUUAAACAUUUAAAGCACUAGCUUGCAUAGGGAUUCACUGAAAUUAAUGCCUUUUAAUCUGUGAUAUUCUUAGCCUAGGUUUAAAUAAGGUUUCAUUAAACGAAAAGGACUCUUGUCCAUGGACUUCUUUUAAAGUAGUUCUUAACAUUGCAUCCAAAUUAUAAAAAGUGAGACUUGUAAAAACUUCAUACCUAAUUUGCUAAAAUAAUUUUGUAAGAUGUGUACUUUUUAAGCUAAUUAACAGUGAUACUGAAUUGAUUCAUAGUGAAGGUAAAGCUGACGCACUGUCACUUUAAAAUUUUAUGGAGAAAUGAAAUGUAUUUCCAAUCAGGGUGAGUAGACAUGUAUGAGGUACCGGUAAAGUUUUUUCUCAUAUAUAAAAAUCAUAAUUUGAUGUAUCUCAAUUGAAUCUAGUGACAAAAAUUACAUGUUAUAGAUUGCAUAUCAUAAGAUUUUAGUUAAAGUCUGGGAUUUUUAUAGCCUUCAAUAUCUUGAUUGUAAUGAUGCAUUACAAUCUUUUGAUUACUUCGUAAUUGAUCAAUCAUUACAUGUUUUAUGUCACAGAGGUGUUUUUCGUUCAUGGCAUAAAUUUAUAUUGCUAAAGCUGUUGGAUUCGAUGUCGUUUUUAUUCAUUGAAUCAGCUGUGUGUUCAUCAUUUGCAUGUUUGAUAUAGAUGUGUGAAGCAUUUUUAUGAUGUAAACUUUUAAAGCUACAAGAUUUGGGUAUAGCAUUAUGAGUAGGAAAUAAAUUGGCAGUUGGUGAAUGGUUCUAAAAUUACAUGAAGAAAAUGUUUGGGUUUUUUUAAACACUUCCUGAUGAAGUAAAAUGUUUUAAUGUUCAAUAUGUUGGCAAUUGCAGAGCUUAUACUUCAUCAAAGAGGUGUUGUUUUUUUUUUUUUAUUUGUUUAUCUAUGUUUUAAAAGAUGAAAUUGCAACUGAUUUAACAUUUUAUCUCUCCGCUUGAGUCAACCAUCCAUAGCUUUUAAGAACCCAUAACAAUUUCUCAAAAGACUGACGCUGAAAGUAUAUUUUACUACUGAAAUGAGAUUCUUCCACAUUUUGUUAAAAUAAUUUGAGUUAAAAGCCGUGGUGAUCUCCUAAAAGCUGCUAAAUAGACUCCACCAUCCCAUGAAUAGGGUGGCUGCGAAAUUUGAACAUGCAAGCCUGUCUGUGCAUAAUUUUGUAUAAGAUCCGGUUAUUAAGCUGUGCUUAGCACAGUUCAAUUUGUUGUGUAUGUUUUUAUGAUGGAUAUGAUUUUAGAAUGUAUACUUGUGGCACAUGUCUAGACUUUUUUAUAAACUGAUCAAAAUGAACAAGUCCCCAUUAUCUCAUUUACUUUCAAGUGAUUUUUUAAAUUUUUAUUAAUGAUAUACAUUUUGAUACUAUAAUACUAUCCUCUAACGUAACCAUCACAUCAUUCUGAAACUAUUUCAGGCUAGUAUUUAAUUUUUAUGCACAUUUAAAAUGGAAAAUAACUUGUUGCUGGGGAUAAUCUGGGUGUCUUAGUUCAUGUGUUUGGAUGCAAAUUAGCAAUGGAGUUUUUAAAUGGUGUAAGUAUUUUUAUGUGACUUGUGCUAAACUUCAUUUUCAGGACCAAUGAAAAUUGGGAAUUUUUUAUUUUUUUUUAAAUACACAAUGUUUUGGUACAAAUCUGUUCAUUUUUUUAAAUGGCUUAUUACUGAUUAGUUGCUAGGGUUUUGUUGUUUUUAAUUCUUGAUCUGUGCCCAUAAAAUAUUUUUUAAAAUUAUAUUUUAAUUGAAUGUAUAAUUUCUAUGAAAUAUAAUAGCUUUUAAAACAACUGGAGUGAUUAUACAUAAAAUGAACGCCAUCUUCAGUAAUCAUAUCUUUAAAUUAUUUUACCUUAAAAUGCAGUUCGGUAAUAACAGAGUCAAAGAGUUCAUGUGCAUAUGUAUGUUUAUUGUUCCUAUAAUUGCUUGGUUUCAAAUCGUAUACAAUCUACCUAAAUCAAAACAAACAAACAAAACUCAAAGGUAAUGCCUUGAGAAGGGUGAUCAUGGUGGGCAAGUCAGUGCCUUGGGCUUCAACUCCCAGACUGUGAAUAUAUUGGUAUUAAUUAUAGAUCUGAUACUUAAUAAAUAUGUAAUAAUUUAUUCAUUUGUAAUCCUGUGACAAACACAACUGGUCAAUAUUUUAUUUCAUCAAUGGAGACAAUAAUAAUUAUCAGAUGAUAUUUCUACAAACAAGAUUAUAUUAUAAGGAAUGGCUCUUCUUUUUUGUGAGGUACUUUUCAUUUUAAAUAUAUUUUGUACCAUCCAAUGUAAUCUUCUAAGUGAAUUUUUUUUUCUGGCUAAUUCUUGCUUGAUUUUACAAUUGUAUAUAGGUUGUGUUCUACAAUGUAUGAAAAGGAAGAAAUAUACAUUUUAAACAAGUUAUUAA